GGCACACCCACCCACCCCAACAGGGACGCAUCAAACUGCACUGGGCAAACCAUUUCCCCUUCCUCCUCACUCUCUAUUUAUUGCAUUGUUAACGCCAGUAAUUCUCAUGCUUGGUUUCUUUAGAAUAUUACCAUGGGAAAUUUGCUGUGUUUUUGGGUUGUGGCGGCAAGUUCGCUAGUAUUUUGUGGGUCUUGGGCAAAUGCUAAAGACGCAAGUGCUUCGGCGGUCGGGGACCCGGGCAUGCGAAGGGAUGGGCUGAGAGUUGCCUUUGAAGCUUGGAAUUUCUGCAAUGAAGUAGGCGAAGAAGCCCCUGGUAUGGGAAGUCCAAGAGCUGCUGAUUGCUUUGAUAUUUCAAACCAUUCUCUAAUUCACAAAGUGAGUGAGGAGGAUAACAAACUUGGCAUUGGGAAGCAAUUCCCGGGAUUGAAUCCGAAAGCACUGAACAAUCCGGACCUGUAUGCAGCGGAGAAGGAAAUAUAUUUGGGUUCAUUGUGUCAAGUUUCACACGCAGCAAAACCAUGGCAAUUUUGGAUGGUUAUGUUGAAAAAUGGAAAUUAUGACACUAAAUCUGGUCUUUGUCCUGAAAAUGGGAAAAAGGUACCACCAUUUAAUCCAGGAAGAUUUCCAUGUUUUGGAAGUGGAUGUAUGAAUCAGCCAAUAUUGUACCAUCAGCCCACAAGUUUGGAUGGAAAGGACACAAUGAAAGGAGGUUUUAAUGGUACUUAUGAAUUAGAUGGAAAUUCUUACUUUGAGGUUGUCUGGGAGAAAAAAUUUGGUUCCGGGAGUUGGAAUUUUGCUCAUAAAUUAAGGACCUCGAAAAAAUAUCCAUGGCUUAUGUUGUAUCUAAGAGCCGAUGCAACCAAGGGAUACUCCGGUGGCUACCAUUACGACACUAGAGGAAUGCUCAAAACUCUUCCAGUCUCUCCUAAUUUCAAGGUCAGAUUGACUUUAGACAUCAAACAAGGGGGAGGCCCUCAGAGCCAGUUUUACUUGAUUGACAUUGGCAGCUGCUGGAAGAACAAUGGUGCUGCCUGUGAUGGGGACGUGCUUACUGAUGUAACCAGAUAUUGUGAGAUGAUUAUCAACCCAGAAACCCCUGCUUGGUGCAGCCCAACAAAUAUUGGAAACUGCCCACCUUAUCACAUUACCCCGAAUAACACAAAAAUUCACAGAAAUGAUACUGCCAACUUCCCUUAUGGAGCAUAUCACUAUUACUGCUCUCCGGGAAAUGCCCUGCACUUGGAGCAACCAAACAGUACGUGUGAUCCUUACAGUAAUCCCCAGGCACAAGAAUUGGUUCAGUUGUUACCUCAUCCAAUAUGGGCAGAGUAUGGCUAUCCGACUAAAAAAGGAGAAGGUUGGAUUGGCGAUAAAAGAACUUGGGAGCUCGAUGUUGGUGGACUUUCCAGCAGACUUUACUUCUAUCAGGAUCCAGGUACCACUCCUGCUACAAGAGUAUGGACAUCUCUUGAUGUGGGGACGGAAAUUUUUGUGAGUGACAAAGAUGAAGUGGCUGAAUGGACUCUAAGUGAUUUUAACGUCAUUCUUACUUAACCAAAGGUAACCUUGUCGUGCACAUUUUCCCCUGAAAUGACCUUUUGCACGUAUGAGAAUGGAACGGAGAAGAUUAACUCAAAGUCAAAGCUGUAGUUCCUUAAUGCCGGCACCAUUGUUGAAGUGAACAACUGCCGGUUCUUUUCCUCAAAGACGUAUUAUACACAUUAUCGUAAGCAAUUAACAGUUUCAACUGUGAAUUUGUACCAUUGAGAGCUUCUUUAUUCUAAACACAAUUUUCAAUUAUGAAUUAAGUAACCAGCAAUACAGAUAUUUGUUGACAUUUGACCAAUAAAGUAUCCUGUCAUGUUGCAGAUUUUAGCUU